UAGCGGGUAGCGGAUAGCGGAUAGCGGAUAGCGGGUAGCGGGCUCUGGCCAUGGAGGAUCCCCGGGGGGAUGUGAAUUCCAACCUCCUGAUCGUCAAAUCCACCGGAGACCGACAGCUAGACACCGCCAUCCACCAAUGGCUGCAAUGGGACAAGAAUCCUAAAACGAGAGCCCAGAUUGAGACGUUGCUGCACAAUGGCAUGAACAAGGAGCUGCGAGAGCGGCUGUGCUGCCGCAUGUCGUUUGGCACUGCUGGUCUGCGCUCCGCCAUGGGAGCCGGAUUCUCUUGUAUCAAUGACUUGACUAUCAUCCAAACAACGCAGGGAAUGUAUCUCUACCUGGAGCGAUCUUUACAGGAUCUCACGCAGAGGGGACUGGUGGUUGGAUAUGAUACUCGUGGACAAGUGACCAGUAACUGCAGCAGUAAGAGACUUGCUAAACUUACUGCCGCUGUACUUGUGAGCAAAGGGGUUCCGGUAUUCCUCUUUUCCAGAUAUGUCCCAACUCCAUUUGUGCCGUAUGCUGUAAAGAAGCUCAAAGCUGCCGCUGGAAUAAUGAUUACAGCAUCUCACAACCGCAAGGAAGACAAUGGGUACAAGGUUUACUGGGAAAAUGGUGCACAGAUUACAUCCCCACAUGAUAAGGAGAUCCUGAAGUGUGUGGAGGAAAGCCCUGAGCCAUGGGAUGAUUCUUGGAAUGAGAACCUGGUUGAUGGCAGUCCCCUCAUUAAAGACCCCUUGGGAGAAAUCACGGACCACUACAUGCAUGAUCUGAGAAUGGUUUGUUUCCACAGAGAGCUGAAUAUGAAAACCGCUCUAAAAUUUGUCCAUACAUCCUUUCAUGGGGUUGGGCAUGAGUACGUGCAGUCUGCUUUCAAGGUUUUUGGCUUUGACCCGCCAAUUCCGGUUCCUGAACAGAAGGAUCCAGACCCAAAUUUUUCAACAGUGAAAUGUCCUAACCCAGAGGAGGGUGAAUGUGUGCUGGAGCUGUCUCUGCGACUCGCUGAGAAGGAAGGUGCUCGUUUGGUUGUAGCCACAGAUCCAGAUGCUGACAGGCUGGCCGUAGCCGAGCUGCAAGAAACGGGUCGCUGGAAGGUUUUCACUGGGAAUGAGUUGGCUGCCUUGCUGGGAUGGUGGAUGUUUUUUUGUUGGCAAAAAAAAUGCCAAAAGGGAUCCGACGUGGGGAAAGUUUACAUGCUGGCAACUGCUGUCUCAUCCUCCAUUCUCAAUGCCAUUGCUGCAAAGGAAGGCUUCCUUUACGAAGAUACUUUACCUGGAUUUAAAUGGAUUGGGAAUAGAGUGAAAACUCUCAUGGAUAAGGGGAAAACCGUCCUGUUUGCUUUCGAAGAAUCUAUAGGAUAUAUGUGUGGAACCGCAGUGCUGGAUAAAGAUGGAGUGAGCGCAGCUGUAGUUGUUGCAGAAAUGGCGACCUACCUGGACAGUAUUGGUGUGAACCUGGAAGGUCAGCUUGUCAAAAUAUAUGAAACGUAUGGUUUUCACAUUGCUAAAACCUCCUAUUUUCUCUGUUACGACCCUGCAAUUAUUAAGAGAAUAUUUGAACGUCUGAGGAAUUUCAAUUCGCCAAAGAAAUAUCCUGAUUUCUGCGGCCCGUACGGCAUCCUUCAUAUCAGGGACAUCACCACAGGCUACGACAGCAGUCAACUGAACAAGAAAUCUAUACUUCCCGUGAGUAAAAGUAGCCACAUGAUCACUUUCACAUUUCAGAAUGGCUGUGUGGCCACCUUGAGAACAAGUGGAACAGAACCCAAGAUCAAGUACUAUGCAGAGAUGUGCGGCUCUCCGGGGCAAGGGGACAAGAAAUACCUUGAAGAAGAGUUGAAAAGGGUCAUCGAUGCCUUGGUGGAGAAUUUCCUGGAGCCAAGCAAGAAUGGUCUCACCUGGCAUUCUGCUUGAUCUCUGCUCCUGUAGUACACCUGCACUCCAGUUACUGCAACAUACGAGCCCUAUCAUCCUUAAAGAAGUGGCCAAGCCCUAUGGUUUCAUACAGUACCGGGGCUAGUAAAGGGAUUUGCUCAUUUAUCUUCCCUCUACAAGAGAAUUGCCCAUUGAUACUGCAAGCAUCUUUGUUUCCUUUGUUCAAAUUGUCAUUUUUUGUUGUUUUUUUUUCCUUUGUUAAUGUUGAACAUAUCAACUGGUAGUAAUGGUAGAUGAUCUGAUUGUGUAGAAUAUCAGAACGUCUUAGAAGUGAAAUCUAAGAAACGGGUCUGAAAUCAAAUGGUUUUAAUAUAUUUAACCAUUGCUGCCUGUUCAUAAAAAUAAUUUAUGUUUAAGCUUUCUGGUUAAAACGUUAGAUUUAGUCCUCCAGUAUGUUACAGAAAAAAAGGAAGAGAAAGUU